AUGGAGUCCCUGCAUUUUAAGGAUGAAGGUGUAUAUCUCAAGUUACCGGGUGACAAUGGUUUCAAUGACUGUCGAUAUCGGUACUGUCCAUUACACUGUAAAUGUGAAAAGAAUGCGUGUGUGUCAUGUGGAGAUGGUUACUUCAAUGUAAGUUCAUCGUGCAUUAGUAAAUGUCCAUCAACCUGCGUCAGCUGUUCAGCUAAAGACAAAUGUAGUUCUUGCAGAGAAGGUAAAUAUAACGGAUAUGAGUUUGACAUGACAGAUCGUCUUCAGUUGAAUAAUUGUACCCAUGGAUGCCGGGAGAAUUGUAUCUUUUGUUCAUCUUAUAACAAUUGCUCACAAUGUGUGCUGGGUAAAUACGGAAUGACCUGUCAGAGGGAUUGCUCAGUUGGAUGUGAAAACAAGAUAUGUCAGAUUGAGUCUGGAAAUUGCACAUGUAAAAUCAAUUUCUCUGGUCGUAACUGUACGGACUGUGUCCCUGGUAAAUUUGGAGAAUUAUGUGAGAAGACCUGUCCUAUGUUCUGCAAAAAUAAACGUUGUGACAAAUCUUCAGGUAACUGUUUGGAUGGAUGCAUACUUGCAACGAUUGUUGGCGAAACGUGUAAUGCAUGUGUAAAUGGUAGUUAUGGGGAUGUCUGCAACGCGACUUGCCCUAAUAAUUGCAAGGAUGUUAAUUGUGAAAGAGAUAACGGUGAAUGUUCAUACGGAUGCAAAGACAAUUUCACUGGGAAAAAGUGCGAAGCUUGUAAGGACGGUAAAUAUGGAUAUUCGUGUAAUCUUACCUGUCCUCAGAAUUGUGCUGACGAUAAAUGUAACAAAACGUCUGGCCAUUGUUUCGCCUGUAGUGGUAACUAUUAUGGAAACGAAUGUAACGACUGUGUCAAGGGGUAUCAUGGGUCGACAUGCAAUGAUGAAUGUUCUCCUCAAUGUUUGAAUGGUGUUUGCAAUAGAGCUACUGGGAACUGUGAUCUUGGUUGCAAAGAGAAUUAUUCUGGAGAUAAGUGUUGUGUUGAGGGCGGUAAUUGUUUUAAUUGCUCGUCCAACUCCGAGUGCAACAAAUGCAAAUCCGGAUAUUUUAGCGAACAGUGCAACAAAACAUGCUCCUCAUAUUGUCUUGAUUCUUGUGAUUUUGUAACAGGUGAUUGCUCUUCUUGCAUAAAAAACAUGUACGGUCAAUUUUGCAACGCAACGUGUUCACGGUCUUGCAAGAUAUCACAGGAUGCAAACUCGAGUAGAUGCGAAGUAAAGCAUGGAAACUGCCUCCACGGAUGUGUGGAUGGCUUUUACGGUCCGAAUUGUUCUGAGUCCUGCAAUAGCCAAUGUAUUGACAAUUUGUGCAUGCGGGAUACAGGCCAAUGCACAAACGUAUGUUCAUCGGAUGAUCCUGUGUGUACUAAAAGUUCAGGACAGAAAUCGAGAGACUCUACUGAAGCGACAGGGCCAAUUGCAGGAGGAGUUGUUGGACUAAUUAUUUUAGUAACUGUGGUCAUUGUGGUGGCUUUUGUUUACAAACGAAGGCAAGGCAAAAAUGAAAGUAGUGGACGAAAUAGAGAAAUGCCGAGACACACAGCCAGGGAAGAGCAUACAUAUGGAAAUAUCACAGAGAACCAUUCGGCGGUUACUUCAUCAUCUGUAGUAAAUAUUGGUGACGUCAGGGUAGAGGAGCAAGGUGAUGAUUUUGCAACCAAUAGGGACGAGACUUACUACAACACUGAACAAAAUAACAACAGAGUGAACGUUAACAAUCUACUUACGUAUGUUACCAAAGAACACGUUGAUUCAUUUGAAAAUGAAUUCAAGAAGCUAAAUAAAGGAUUAGACUUGACAGAGAAUUGCACCUUUGCCAAAAAGCCCGAAAAUAUUGCGUUGAACAGGUACAAUGGAAUAUACCCGUAUGACCAUUCCAGAGUGACUUACCCUGGUCAGCCGGACUUUUUCAUCAAUGCAUGUUACAUCGAU